CGCGAUUCUGUACUCCAAAGGAUUAACACUGCUUCCCUUUUUCCGCGCACACUACAAAAUCGAGCUUUGUGCUCACCUACACAUCUAUUUAUCUAUACCGGUAACGUAGACAGGUAGCAGUGUGCAUUCAACAAGAUCUUUUGCAAAUGUUCAAACAAUUCAGUUAUCAGAAAAUUUCGAAUCAAUAUUUUCUCGUUCGUUUCCAUUGUCGUCAGGACCCGGCUGAACGCGUGACGAACAUCACGAUGACGGUUUUAUAAAUAUUUGCGCUAAAUCGAACGUUCGAUUGAUGUAACGAUACUUUUGCAAUACGUGACGGUGAAAAGAACAGCUAGAGAUUAAGAAUGACCGGUUCGAAUCUGCGUAAUGUACUACCGUUAGUCAAACAACCGUAUUACCGUGACAUCUGACCCUUAUCGAGCGUACAAACAGUCUCAUGGUAUUUCUUCCAUGCCCCUAUCGUUCGACGCUCACGUAUCUACGUGUUUUUCCUAAAUUUAAUCAAAUAAGAAACACGAUAAAACGAUGUUGAUGAUUUUCCGUGGAUCGUAUGUUCCGCGAAUUGGUAUCGCUAACAGGCUAGCCGAUUACUUCGAAUAUUAUUCGGUUCAUCGAGUCGUUUCAAUUAACUGUUCAGAAUCUGUCUUAAGUCUCCUUUUGAAGUUUAAUCUCUAAUGGAAGUGGCGUCGCAAUUAGGCGAGACUUAGUUUUGCGCGCACCACCUCAUACGUAAUGUUUGAGCGAACGUUUCAGAGACACGUGACCCGGCACGCGUCGCUCGUUACUCCACCGUUCCUGCCGAUUGUUUCCUCUAGAAAUCAUUAGCUUGCUCUUUAUUUAAUCAAAAUUAUUCGAUAUUCUUUCGCGGAACAUACAAAAGUACCAUUGAAUCUUUCUUCUUCGAUAUCUAAAUCGUUCGUUGAACUUAUUCUUUUAAAAGCAUGGGGUUAACGAAUAGGCGGUAACGAAAUGUGUUUAACCGCAAAGAGAACGAGCCGGCACGUGUCGAGCUGAUUUGGUUACUUCGCUCGUUCGUCUAUUCGAACAUGGAAAAAUAACAGGAGAGGGAUUGUUUAAAACGUAGCGAAUGCAUAAAAUGGAUUCGUGUAGUAUAGGUAUACGCCUAUAUCAUUUAUACAUUUAUACAUAGGUGUACGCGAAUUCAGAUGUUGCCCUAGUUAAGGGGCAUCGAGAAACAGGUGCACUCGCUGACGUCAUUGGUUGGACGAUAGAAUUGCUGACGUCGUUUGCGCGACAACAUUUCUGAAUGGUUUAACUCGUUUAACCUUUGACGUCUUGAUAUUCUCUGUCACUUUAUCUGUUACCGAAUCUGAUUUUUUCCUUAUUUUUCUCAUACUCUCAAAUUAAAAGUAAUUAUAAAAGAAUCGAGAAUGAACGUUUUGGUUUAGUAGUCGACGGGGGUGAACGCGUGUCGCACGAUCAAGUAUCGCAAACGUUUGGACAAAAGGGUAAAGGAAAGAAAGAAGGGAAGGAGGGAGGAUUUAUCGUGGUGGACGAAAAGCAUCGGCUUAACGAAAAAAGAGAGUACUCUCGUAGAUCGAGCAGCGGGUAUUGCCGUUUCCCCGGGGUGAGUACACAGCUCGAAUGUUAUGACAAUUAUGAGUUUUCCGUGGGCGCAUCGAGGUGGCACGUGGCGACUUGCAUCGGGGAGAGACGAUGGCCGCGUGUCGUCGCGUGAGAACAACUUCGCUCACACGCGUUAUGUCUCGCACGUGCGUAAUACGUGGUUCGCCUAGUUCCGCGCUUGCGCAUGCGCACCAUGGACACGGACACGCGCCCGGCACGCUCCGAUUUUUCAAUGAACGCGCCUCACACUUUCUGAGCUUUUUCCCUUUUAAUCCGAUCCCGUUUCAAAAUUGUUCCUUUCGUCUCAAAUUCGACUUAUCUUUGACGUAAAAUCCGCUUGCAAAGUCAACAAACCUAUCGUUGCUUCGUAUCUUAUCCAACAUCAAUUGAAGAAAAAAUAUUUUUAUUAAAAUGGAAAGGUAUCUCACGAAGGGGUAGAUGCGAGGAAUUAAUGAAUUUAAUUAAUUAAAAAAAAAUCGGACGGCAUCCUACCCCUAUGCGUUUACGAGGUGUUAUUACACGUACGAACACUCAUACGCGGAAGUAGUACUAGAUACGAUGCGCGUACGGUCGAAGGGUGGGGGUAGCGGCACAGUGAUAAAUAGAACGGCGCGGUGUGUUGGAGCGGUAUUUGGUCGCGUGACGCGAAGGCGUUCGCAUGGAUUCGAAUCAUUGGCACGGUGAGAGUUCGUGCCACUGAAAAAUCAAUUUUGCGACGCGUUCAAUUUUCACGCCAAUCGAAAGGAAGCUUCGAUUCGAUCGAGGGAUCCUCUGGUCGAUAUGUUGAGGAAAUUAUUGAGCAAAUCUGGUCGCAGACUUCUUAGGGCCAUCAAGAAAUUGUCGACCAAGAGCCGCAAGGCGAAAAAGUCACGCAACUUGACCUCUUGGCACUCGGCCAUACCGGACCUCGAGACUGCGUCUCUCUCCUGGUCUUUACCAUCUCUGGAUACGAAAAGCAUCGACACGUAUACGACAUACGUGUCCGAAAACUCGGAUUCCGACUGCAUGUCGAUAUGCUGCUACUGCGACGAAUAUGAAGAAAAUCAGAGGAACGAGAACACGGAGAACGAAAUGAUGAUUUAACACGCGCACCGUUACAAUUAAUAUUUAUUUUCACCCUCGUUCUCAUUUUUCUUUUAACUACAUUUCUGUUUUAAGGAGAAAACAGUCCAUGUUUUAUGAAAGUACUUAGGGUUCCCUCUGCAGUCUACAGGGUAGACGAACGAGAGUACGUGGGGUAUUUUGGGAAUUUAGGAAGAAUUAUUGUCUUACAAAUGCCGGUUGCCAUUAUGUUAGGUCCAUUUUUAAUCGAUAACGACGUCCAGUUUGAUAAAACGUAAGCCUACACUGAGGAUUCUUAUUUUUGCAACUCGAAAUACUCGCUGAGACAUCGAAAAAGAUUUAAUAUUUCGUCUUUUAUCGAUCUUCCGGAUCUUCCGGUCGUUUGUAAAUUGAACCGUUUCGAAGCUAGUCUUUUCGCAAGUAUUUACUUUGAUCUCAUUUAGAUAGGUAGUUUCUAAUCUGGGUAUUUUCGUUUGGGAGAGUGAACGAGAGAUACAGAGUCUGCGGAAGAAGCUUGUAAAUAAGUUCUAUUCGCAGCAAUGUUUUUAAACGUUAAGAUUAAUAUUAUGCAAUAUAUGUUAGAAUAGCAUUCAUUGUCGUGGAAAAUCCAGAAGGAUUACGCAAAUAGAGUAGAAACAGAUCCAUUUCUUGUAUAACACAAUCUUUGUUUACUCGUUUCCCUCAUAUUUGUAAAGUACCUCGAUGAUCACGAUUUCUAGUUGUUAAACAUACGUGUACAUAAGUAUAUGAAUGUAUAUAUGGCAAUGCGUACGUGAAUGUAUAUUGAUGCGUCUCGAUGUUUCAUUGUAAUCAUGUCCGACGAGGCUGUGACUUUUUAAUGGAUGAUAAGCUCGUAAAUAAAAUAAUUCUAUCGACGA